AUGUCGAGUUGGAACAUUUCUCCUCCUCCCCCUCCAACUUCACUAAUUUCCUGCAAGUCCAUCUCUGAGUCUUUGGCUUCUUUUUCAAUAUCAUACUUGAGUCGACAACGGAGACAAGUUGCAGCCUCAGUGGCAUUCAAUCCUUCAGGGAACUUCGAUCUCUCUCUAUAUAAUGAGGAAGAUGGUAAGGGCUUCCCUUGUUUCACUAAAAUUGUUGUUCCUCUGUUUUUUGAAAGAAUCAGAGAAAGUUCAACCACCAAUGCCACCAAAGAAGGGCGACAUGAAGUACUACUUGAUAAUGAUAGUAUUCAUCUCCUAGACUUGGCCCCAUUUCACUCUGCCACUGGAAUCACCUCUCCUUUGUCUGCUAAGCCUAAGGAGUUUCUUGAACGUACAAUUGGCUUCACCAUUAACUACACUAGAGAAGAUGAACAUGAUCCUAGAGAACUAUCAGAGUUUCUUGAGAUAAGACUGGUUUUUGAGACUUGA